AAUAAAAUCCCGCUGAUGGGUUCCAGUUAACAUGGGAGCUAAAAUGUAGCCUUUCUGAGAAACCUAUUUUUCAGGAGCACAAAUUAAAAUCAUAAAUAAGAUUGUAAGGGGAGAUCUCUAAAAUGUUUAAGCAAAUAAAGUUCCCCCAAGGGACUGAUUUCUGGGGAAUUCAUUAGGCUUAUUAGAUGACAUAAUUAUCUAAUCACUGAAACAGGGUCCCUGGAGAUCUCUUCUACUUUUUAGCUUAGAUUUAAUCAUUGCAUUUAAGAUAAUGCAGAUCUUGGCACAGCGGAGUGGUCGCCAGAGAUGCCCGACCGUCUGUUCCGAGGGGCGGCUAGCAGCGCGGCGGAGCGAGCCAGGGACGGCUUACACCUGAGACGGACUGCGGCACCGCACGUGCCCGAGGUGCAAGUCCAAGUCAAAUGUCGAAGGAGAGCCUCCCUGAGCAACCAAGAGUGUCAGCUGUACCCAAGGCGGUCUCGGCAGCAGCAAGUACCUGUGGUGGAUUUCCAGGCCGAACUGGGACGGCGAUUCUUCGCUGGGACACCAAGCAGUGGUGAAAGCAGCACUGGAACAUCCAGCUUAGCCGAUUGCCAGGGGAAGAAGCAGCCUCCGUCUACUGUUUGAAACUUCUGCCCCAAGCUUGCACUGUGUGUGGGAGAGCCGCCGUCACACCUUUAUCUGUAGCCUUCCCCCAGGUCUUAAGGAUCCUGAAACCUUACCGCGGACGGUGGAUUGGGUGCAACAGCAGCCGCGACUGUGGGAA